CAAAAUAGCUGCAUGGGUUUGUUUACAUUCCCUAGCAACGGUCCGGACGAUUCCGGGUUGUUCCCCACGAGUUUUCCAAAGUUAGUAGUAAUGCUAUAUCGGGGAAAAAUUGCGCCGCGAUUAUGGAUUCGGUUCAGAUGAUAGCACACAUCGAAAAGUCCCUAGACUAUUCGGUAUUCGACGUAAAAUGGAUUCCUUGUUCAGCCAAGUUUGUGGUGAUUGGAUCGAAACCGAAGGGUACCGGUAUUCUACAGAUAUAUCAAUUGAAUCUCGGUGAGUUAGAUAAGCUCGAAGAAGUCGAAAAACCAAAGUCUUUCAAAUGCUGUUCAUUUGGAGCUUCUCGCUUUCGAGAAACGCAGCUUGCAGUAGGAGAUUUUGUUGGGAAGUUGGCUAUCUACGACAUGGAACGAUUAGGAGAUCCGGUUUAUGAGGCAGAAGCUCAUUCUGGCAUCAUCAAUGCAAUCGACGCAAUUGGUGGUACAACAAUUAAUUGUGGAGCACCAGAAAUUGUUACAGGAGGAAGAGACGGGUCAGUAAAAGUCUGGGAUCCACGACAAAAGAACCAGCCGGUUGCUCACAUAAGUUCAGCGAAAGAUGGUCCCGCCGAAAAUCGUGACUGCUGGGCAGUUGGAUUCGGUGAUUCUCAUAAUCAAGUUGAACGUUCAGUCGUAUCUGGGUAUGAUAACGGUGAUGUCAAAUUGAUUGAUCUACGCAUGAUGGCAGAACGAUGGGGAACCAAUGUUAAAAACGGUGUAUGCGGACUAGAGUUCGAUCGCAAAGAUAUCAAAAUGAAUAAAUUGGUCGUUAGCACACUCGAAGGUGGAUUGCACGUUUUCGAUAUGAGAACUCAACAUGCUGAAAAGGGAUUCGCUCAGCUGACUGAAAAGACUGCUGGACAAUCCUUAGGAACAAAUGGAGUUAUAGAAGGAAAAAAGUCCACGGUUUGGACGGUGAAACAUUUACCUCAAAAUCGAGACAUAUUUGCAUCAUGUGGAGGUUCCGGAAAUGUGCGCUUGUGGUUGUACCACUAUCCUGAAAAACGAGUCAAAACCCUGGCCAGUGGGGAAGAUCAGGGUGUCGUCGGAACGUUGGAAAUGCUUAAUGCUACAACAUUAUCUUCUCAACCCGUUCAUGCUUUUGAUUGGAGUCCGGACCGUCAAGGACUUGCUGUUUGUGGCUCUUUUGAUCAAACAGUACGUGUCCUUGUGACGACCAAUUUGCAUAUCCAUUGAAUUGCAAUUUGAUCAAAGCUAUCUUAUUGUUUGAUUAGUCAAUUAAAUGAAAUAAACAAAUAAGUUCAAUCUUCAA